ACCAUUGUGUCAAAGGGACAGCACCAAAAGGCAAAAGGAAGAAGACCAUGGCAAAGAAGGUGGCAGUGAUUGGAGCCGGGGCCAGUGGCCUGGUCUCUCUGAAGUGCUGUGUGGAUGAGGGGCUGGAGCCCACUUGCUUUGAGCGAACUGAAGAUAUUGGAGGGCUGUGGAGGUUCAAAGAAAAUGUUGAAGAUGGCCGAGCAAAUAUCUACCAAUCUGUCAUCACCAACACCAGCAAAGAAAUGUCUUGUUUCAGUGAUUUUCCAAUGCCUGAAGACUUUCCAAACUUCCUGCACAAUUCUAAGCUCCUGGAAUAUUUCAGAAUUUUUGCCAGAAAGUUUGAUCUCCUAAAAUAUAUUCAGUUCCAGACAACUGUCCUCAGUGUGAAAAAAUACACGGAUUUCUCAUCUUCUGGCCAAUGGGAGGUUGUUACUGAGAGCAACAGCAAGAAGCAAAGUGCUGUCUUUGAUGCAGUUAUGGUUUGCAGCGGCCAUCACAUCCUCCCUCACAUCCCACUGGAGUCAUUUCCAGGUAUUGAGAGGUUCAAAGGCCAGUGUUUCCAUAGCCACCAAUACAAGCACCCAGAGGGACUUGAAGGGAAACAUAUCCUGGUGAUUGGACUAGGAAACUCGGCCUCAGAUAUUGCCAUUGAGCUGAGUAAGAAGGCUGCUCAGGUAUUUAUCAGCACCAGACAUGGUUCCUGGGUCAUGGGCCGUAUCUCUGAAGAUGGCUAUCCCUGGGACAUUGUGUUCCACACCCGGUUUAGGUCCAUGCUCCGAAAUGUCCUGCCACAAACAAUUCGAAAAUGGAUGAUGGAACAGCAGAUGAAUCAGUGGUUCAACCAUGAAAAUUAUGGCCUUGAGCUUCAAAACAAAUAUCUUAUGAAAGAACCUGUAAUAAAUGAUGAUCUUCCAAGUCAUAUACUCUAUGGAGCCAUCAAGGUGAAACCAAGAGUGAAAGAGCUCACAGAAACUUCUGCCAUCUUUGAAGAUGGAACAGUGGAGGAGAAUAUUGAUGUUAUUGUCUUUGCAAUGGGAUAUACUUUCUCUUUUCCAUUCCUUGAAGAUUCACUUGUUAAAGUAGAGGAUAAGAUGGUCUCACUGUAUAAAUACAUGUUCCCUCCUCACCUGGAGAAGUCAACUCUGGCGUGCAUUGGUCUCAUCCAGCCCCUAGGUUCCAUUUUCCCAACUGCCGAACUUCAAGCUCGUUGGGCAACCAGGGUUUUCAAAGGCUUGUGUACCUUGCCCUCAGCGAGGACUAUGAUGGCAGACAUUAUCAAGAGGAAUGAAAAAAGAAUCGAUCUGUUUGGAAAGAACCAGAGCCAGAUACUUCAGACCAAUUACAUCGACUACUUGGAUGAGCUCGCCUUAGAGAUAGGUGCAAAGCCAGACGUCCUAUCUCUCUUGCUGAAAGACCCCAAACUGGCUGUGAAGCUCUAUUUUGGACCCUGCAACUCCUACCAGUACCGCCUCACUGGGCCCGGGCAGUGGAAGGGAGCCAAGAGGGCCAUCCUCACCCAGAAACAACGGAUAUUGAAGCCUUUAAAGACACGGGCACUAAAAGCUUCAUCUGAUAUCCCGGUUUCCUUUCUGUUGAAAAUUGUGGGGCUUCUUGCUAUUGUUGUAGCCCUUUUUUUUCAGCUUCAGUGGUUCUAAUUGGUCAGCAUAAAGCUUUUGAUUUUAGUGUCAGUCAGUUCCUCUUAAAAAAAAAAGACAAAGAAAAAAUAUGAAAUCUAGAUUCUAUAUUUCAGAGUCGAGAGGAACAGAGAGAGGCGGUUGUAGAGAAUUAGCAGAAUUAGGUCCAUGUUAAAACACUAAAAUGGUGUCAUGAAAUUUCUUUGCCACUCCACCCUUCCCUCAAGUUCAUCAGACUCUCCAAAAGGACAAUUAAAUAGCACUGGCUAAAUAGUGUUGCCAGGCCCCAUAUAAGAGGGUUGUGUGGAAAAAAUAGAAAUACGCAGAAUGAAAAGCAAGCCCCAUGGUUUAAAACAUUGGAAAAUUUCAAUGGUGGGUAAAUAUUUAAACUCUUGCAUGAUGUUCUUGAUAGUCUUCCUACCCGGACUCUUUUGGUAACAAAAUUCUCAGGUGUUAGGUCAUGCUCCAUAUCCUUAUCAGGGAGUCACUCAAAAAUCCUGGAGGAAAAUAUGAGAGGCUAGACUCGAAAGCGAUGGUGAUGAUCAGACAGACUCCUUGGGCCUCAUGGUGAAAGCAAAGCCAAUAGGCACAUUUCUUAUGUUUUGACAGAAACACUGCUAUAAAAAUAAAAAUAAACCUGCAGUAACAGCUAUAUACACAUUCAGUACUUUCCAUAGACCAGACAUUGUGCUCAGUGCACACUGUAUGUAUUAACUUCAUUUAAAUCUCACAAUAAUUCUGUGAGAUGGAUGAGGCUAUUCUACCCAUUUUAUAGAUGAUGAAACUGAGACUCAGAGCAGUUGGGUAACAUGUUCAAGACCAUACAGCUGGUCUUGCCGGGCAGCCAGGAUUGGAACCCAGUUUUGCUUGAUUCUGGAACUGUGGAUCAUAACCUUUCCCCAGAAUAUACUUAUUUACAAAACAACUAUUGCAGAUAAAGUACUUACUAACAGUUUAUUUUAUUUAUAAUCACAUAUAUGUUGCUUUUGGAGGAACUUAACACAGAUAACAGCACACUUCUUGCAAAUAUGAUCAAUUAAUUUUAUUCAUAAUAUUUUGGUUUAUAGUCCAGUCAGAUCUAAAAAGCAUUUGAUGGAAUUUACAAUGAAACAUACCUAGGGCGCCUGGGUGGCUCAGUUGGUUAAGCGACUGCCUUCGGCUCAGGUCAUGAUCCUGGAGUCCCGGGAUCGAGUCCCGCAUCGGGCUCCCUGCUCGGCAGGGAGUCUGCUUCUCCCUCUGACCCUCUUCCCUCUUGUGCUGUCUCUCAUUCUCUCUCUCAAAUAAAUAAAUAAAAUCUUUAAAAAAAAAAAAAAAAAAGAAACAUACCUAUACAAGAACAUUUAAGAUGAUCAUUGACAUUUUGAAAAAACAAGCAUUGAGGACGAAGUAUAUGUCCCAAGUAGAUGAAAAGCAUUAUAAUGAUUGAGCCUUGUAUUUAGCUCUCACCUAUAGGUAAACAAGGCAAAAAGUGAAACAAUAUGUAAUCUCCGUCAUUUGAUAAAAGGAAGCAUACCAGUUUGUUAGACACAUUUUCUUGGAACUGAAAUCUAAAAAAGAUACAAGCAAUUCAGUGUCAAUAGACAUUGAGCAACAGAAUAAACAGAUGGUUUAUCAACCCACUACAGCCAUUCUUUCCAUGAACUGUGCUUUGGAAGAUAAGCUAUGCCCUAAACCCAGCCCAAGGACUUUUGAAGAGGGAAAAGGUCAGAGAUUAAAGAUUUAGGCAAAUUUCUCCUCUUACUCUUCCAAAGUCUGUGCAGACAUUGUUCUUUCCUUUGGCCUGGAUUUGUCUCUAAAGUGCCCAGACCAAUGUAAUGGCAAUCUCUGUCAGUGGAAGCUUUAUUUCUUUAAAGUCCAUUGAAAUGGACUUGUUUCAUUCAUCAUUACCACUACCCAGGGAAGUAACUAUGGUCAUUAUCCUACUCCUACAGUGGACUAGAUUGGGAAACAAGUGUCGGGUUGAUACCGAAUCAGUGGGGAAAAAUAGCUCCAUUAGGACAAAAUUAUUAUUAAAUGUAUAACCUUGAAAUUUUUAGAAAGAGCUUAAACUCUUGAAAGUUUUCCAAAUAUUCUAUCUUUUAAAAAACAUAAACAGUUCAUUUCCAGAGUCUGAGAUGACUAAGAAAGACUCAUCCAAGUUUAUUCUUCUGCCUCUAUACACCAGGAAACAGGAAACUAUCCCAGACAAACCAACUAGGAUAGUUUGUUCCAAACUACGACCCACAGACUACCUGCAUCAGAAUAUCUCAGGGAGCUUAUAGAAGGGCAGAUUUUUAAAUACAAAUGCAGUAAUAAUUCAGACCUGCUGAAUGAGAGUCUCCCCUGGAAUUUCCAGUCUUGACAAGCUCCCUAGAAGAUUCCUGUGCACAUUAAACUUAAAAACCAUUGGUUUGAGGUAUCGCCAAAAAAGCUGCUUUCAGAGAUCAGUCCAUGACUUUUUCCGCUCCUCAGGGCCAAAUUCUCCCUUCGGUUCAGCCUUGGUGCUUCUAGUUGCAAUUUACGAUGUUCUUCUCCUGUAAAGAAUGUUAACGUUAUCACCCUCCUCCCAAAUCUCCCCCUGCGAUGUUCCCUUUACUAACCUUUCAUUUUAACUACCCUUCUCUCUGUGAUAGCUACUCAGUUUUUCUUACCAAAAGCCAAAUAUGUCCCAUUUGCUCAUUGCAGAAAAGUUAAGAUAUUUUAAAAAUAAAACUCUUGGACUGCGACAUGUAACAAAAUUUCUAAUAAUAAAGAUUUCAAAAGCUUAACCCACAAAGAAUCCAAUGUUCAUAUUACAGUAAGGAUGGCAAAGGAAGAUCCUUCCUUAUAACUGGCUGCUUCCUUCGUCCUGGAAGAUGCUGCUACACCAGUACAACCCCCAAUGCAGAGCUGUUGGCCAUUUUCUGGAGGCGGAAUGUGUUUACACAGAACAUAACUCACUUUCUUGUCUGGUCUGCCUUAUGACCAGAUUAUGGAUCAAUGAAGCUUAAAAAAAAAAAAAAAGUCUCUUGGGAUUAGAUUCUUGUAAUCCAGGUCAGAAGCUGAAAUGAGAUUGAACAUGCAAGGCUUUAUUAAGGAAAAUGCCUGUAUGAGGGGGAAAAUAGGGAAAGUGCAGGAAGUAAUCAUCAGAGAGUCUGCCUCUGAAUGAAGGAGAGACAAAAGAAGGUUGGGGUAGAAACAUCCCUGACUGCUGUGCAGUCCAAGGAAGAUGCAGCAGAGCCACUGGGGAGUCCUCAAGCCAUCAAAGAAUCCUGACUCUCCCACGUGUAUGGCUGGCAGCAACUCCUGGG